UCUCCCGCGCCUCUUCUCUUUAUAAAGCGGACAGGCGACGGAUAAAAGCACAGUAUGUUCCAGGCAUUGCAACAGAACUACCCUUGAACUAAGUAUUUGCCCCUAUAUAGGUCUUAAAAUUUUAAUAGUCUCAAUCAGUUUAUAACUCAGUUUUAGAAAAAAUUGAACAUUUCGGAGUAACUUACUAACUUUAGGAAUUUGGACGCAAUGAGUGGUUCGGGAAAAGGUCUUCUAGGUCUUUGGCUCUAUAGAAACGGUUCUGAUUGGCAAGUGAAGAAUGAAUCUCCACACCAUCCUAAGCUCGGAGAGCUUAAUGCAGCAAGAGUCCAGGCUCAAGCAGAAAGCGAACGUAUUUCGGUGAUGUUUACAUUGAAAAACCAAGUUGGCGGACUAGUUCGGGCCUUAUCCGUUUUCCAAGACUUGGGUAUUAACGUUCUCCACAUUGAAUCCAGAAAAUCUAUGACUGAAGUUUCAUCUGCCGACAUCCUCGUGGACGUGGAGUGUGAUCCCCAAAGAAUGGAGCAACUGAAGAGGAUGCUAAAACGAGAAGUCCAAGACUUUGAGGUUGUACCACCGCAGACUGGUGAUGAGUUUCCUCCUCCAACGCCUAUGUCUGCUGCGGCAAGCUUCGAUUUCGGUGAGAUGCCCUGGUUUCCACGAAAGAUAUCUGACUUGGACCGCGCCCAAAACGUCCUCAUGUAUGGUUCGGAACUGGACGCCGAUCACCCUGGCUUCAAAGACCCGAUAUAUAGAAAACGCCGUGAACAGUUUGCGGCAAUCGCCAAUAACUAUAAGUAUGGCCAUCCGAUCCCGAAGGUGCAGUAUACUGAAACAGAAAUCAAAACAUGGGGAAUUGUGUUCCGUGAGCUUCACAAACUUUACCAGAAACACGCUUGUCCUGAGUACUUAGAGAACUGGCCCCAACUUGUCAAGUACUGCGGCUACAGGGAGGACAACUUGCCUCAGCUAGAAGAUGUGAGUUCAUUCUUGAAACGAAAAACUGGCUUUCAAUUGCGCCCUGUUGCCGGCUAUCUCUCGCCGAGGGACUUUUUAUCGGGUCUUGCUUUCCGUGUUUUCCACUGCACCCAAUACAUUCGUCACUCGUCUGAUCCUUUCUACACUCCGGAACCCGAUUGCUGCCAUGAACUUCUCGGGCACAUGCCGCUGCUAGCUAAUCCAAGUUUCGCGCAAUUCUCUCAAGAACUCGGCUUGGCGUCUCUCGGCGCGUCUGAUGCAGACAUAGAUAAAUUGGCUACCUUGUAUUUCUUCACGGUUGAAUUUGGCUUGUGUCGUCAACCGGAUGGCUCUUUUUGCGUUUACGGAGCUGGACUGCUUUCGUCUGUGGCUGAACUCCAACAUGCCCUCACUACGCCGGAAAAAAUAAAGCGUUUCGACCCCGAUAUUACUGUACAUGAAGAAUGCAUCAUCACUUCAUACCAAAACGCUUAUUAUUAUACCGAUUCCUUUGAAGAGGCGAAGGAGAAAAUGAGAGCAUUUGCUGAAAGCAUACAACGCCCUUUUGGAGUCAGAUACAAUCCAUACACUCAAAGCGUCGAGGUACUGAGUAAUGCACAGAAGAUUACUGCUCUGGUCUCUGAGUUACGAGGAGAUUUGUGCAUUGUGUCUUCGGCUAUAAAGAAAAUAUCAGCUCAGGAUUCGACAUUAGAUGUAGAGUCCAUUGCUAAUAUGCUUCAUACUGGUCUUCAGGUUCACGAUCGGAGUCCACAGAGCACGUCUGGAGCGAGCACUCCUAAUUCUGAACGCGGUACUUCGCCAGCAAGGCUAGAGAAAACCGAAGAAACUCUUAAAACCGACGAAGAAAAACCAACUAAAAACUAAUAUCGAAAUUACGCUCAUGAAACGUUUUGACGUGUAUCGCUUCUAUAGAUUGUCAGAAGUAGUGGAGCAAAAUCAAUUAGUUCGUAUUGUGUUUAGUAUUAAAGUAGAUUUUAGUUUGCAGCAAAAUGUUACGAUAUGACGUUAUGGAAUUAAUUAUUGCUAAUAUCCUAUAUACUUUGUAUUUAAAUAAAAAUGCUGUGUUUUCAAUAAUUUAGAAAAUAAAGUAGAUUAAAAGUACUACAGAAAAAAAAUUAAUGUGUAGUAAACUAUUUAUCGCUAGUAUAUCGUGUUAUGUGAUGUAGUGUAUGUUCUUGAAUAUGAUAAGAGUUAACUAUCGAUGUAUACGUUUAAAAAUGAGUAAAAAUCUGUAAUAAAUAUCAUAUACAGUAUUAUUGUUAGAUACCAUUUAUUGUUAUUAAAGU